AUGGCGGACGCCCUCUGUGGGCCGUCCAACCCGCUCCAAAGCCUCCAGAAGCACAGCCAGGCCGAUCGAACGCUGCAGCAGGACCGUCUGGUCGGACCCAGACAAACUCCUGGAGAGGGAUUUCGAACCGCCACGGCCGACCCACGGGCAGCGUCGCUCGAUGCCGAAUUCCAUGCCUUUGAGAAUGCCGCACCUGGCUUUCUCCAAUUCCAGAAAGCGCAGUUCCCAUCACACGAGCAGUAUCGUCCCCUCUAUCCUCCUCAAGCAGGAGCGGCAGCGCCGGUCGGGUGGGCUGCGGACUUCAAGAGACUCAGCCUCAACAGCCCACCUGUGCCGGCAGGACAAUUCCAUACAGAGGCUCCGCUCGUCAGGUCGACACCUGGUGGAUGGCAGAAUGAUUUCCUGCGGCAGAGGUCGGGCACAGGCAGUGCCACCACGAUAGCCCAGGGAAAGCAAGCCGUACGAGAACCGCAGCAGUUGAUGAAUACAAACACAAACACAAGCAUGUUCGCCGGACGGGCUAUGGGUCAAUCGUCGAUGAUGAUGACCAACUAUUCGCAACCCAUGUAUGAUCAGGCGGCAACAUAUGGUGGACUAGAACAGCAACAAUACCCCCAGACGUCGAUGAUGACAAUGGAACAACAACACGCUCAGAUGUCCGACGUGGACUACGAAGCCGCAUUUGCCGAAGCGAUGGCUCAGGCGCAGGAGAUGGAUCAGCAGCAGCGACAGCAGCAAGAGACGUCGCAGUCGCAGUCUGUCGAGCCGGCAACGACAGCAGAACGGCUAGAAAGCAUCAAGAUCGGCUCGGACGCCAUCCACUACCGUGAACAGAGCGAACGGACAGCGGAACAAGACAAAAAAGACGCCGACGAACUGGCCCGCACGGCAGGACUGCUGUUGACCAGCGUCAAGCACGAUACGAGCAGCAAGUUCCAGAACUCACAGUUUUUAAAUAUGAUGCGGCGCAUCCGCGAUCGGGAAGUCGAGGUGCAGAACAACGAUCUGCAGACUGUAGAGGAGGAGAUGCUGUUCGAUCGAGGCGGCCCUGACGGAUAUCGGACUAUAAAAAUAACGGCGGAUGGCUCGGCGCGACAGGCGGAGCUACAACGUGAAAUGGACGACUUGGAGUGGCAAAACCAACAACGAACCAAGGCACGGGAACAGGCACAGCAACAGGAACAGCAACAGACAACGCAGUUCCAGUUCCCAGACAUGGACGCCGUCUACGCGCCCGACGCAGCCAUGACAGACGGCGGGCCGUCGGAGUCCAAUCCCGCCAUCAAAUUCCGCUCGCCAUACACCACAUACGGCUUCGAUGACGACCAGUACCCGGCCAUGCAACCCCAGAGCCAGAUGGAUGCCUUGCACCCCGGCGGCAGGUGGUACCCAGACCAAAGCCCGCGACUGGGUCAGGCGACGAUGGAUCCUGAAAUGUCCGGCGCCAUCCCUGGUGGGCGACCCGACGUUGCAGAUGGUGACGACGGCGUCAGACUCGAGAAGAUGAUCUCGGCCAGCGACUUUGAGUACGUUGAUGAAAGUGCCGGCUUGGCAAGGCGUUUUGUCCGAUGA